UUGUGUCUAGCUUCACAUAGAUGGAUCCGACCACCAUUAAUGAAAUACAAACUGUCUUAUGAAUUAGGGUUAUUUUAGAUGACACCUAGCUAUAUAGUUACUGAAACAGAUGUCAUUAUAUGUUUUGUGGGAAGAACAUUGUUUGCAUCCAUGAGCGAGAGAGCUUUUUUUUUUUUAUGACCAGCACUGUAGAUGCGCGAGACAACUUUACCAGCAUCAUAGCAUAUGUAUCGAUUAAUCGUUGUGACAAAUACAAGUGAUGGUGUAAUCGAUGUGUAAUAACUACGUAAAAAAUGAAUGAACCCGUUAAAUUAUGUGACGUGCAGUCAUAUUCAGGUCCUGAUUGGUCAACAAGCUUAUUUGACACAUCAAUUAGUGUAAUCAACUGGUCAUUGUUUUCUUAUUUGACACGCAAAGAUCCAAACGGCGUUCCAUAGAAAUCCUGGUUGAGAAUAAAACGACUGAACAAAUGAACAAUGAAACAGCACAGCAAGUAAGUGAAAGAAAUAGGUUUUGAUUAUGUUUUACUGGUAAUGGGGACAUAUGUAAAUGCCAACAAAACAACCUAUUUUUUGUGUGUGUGUUUGACCUUUUUUUAACUAGGCAAGUCAGUUAACAAAUUCUUAUUUACAAUGACUGGCUACCCCGGCCAAACCCGGAUAAUGCUGGGCCAAUUGUGCGCCGCCCUAUGGGACUCCCGUAUCACGGCCGGAUGUGAUACAGCCUGGAUUCGAACCAGGGACUGUAGUGAUGCCUCUUGCACUGAGAUGCAGUGCCUUAGACCGCUGCUUCCGUUAACUAACUGUACGAGAAUGCUUAAAAGGCCGCAAUUUUUUUUUAUAUCUUAUCGGUAUCUUUUUUUUUUGGCCAGAAAAUAUUGGGUAUCGGCCAAAAAUAUCAUAUUGGUGCAUCACUACUUCGCACAGGUGUAAAAGUUGGUCUAAUUUACUUGAAAAAGAAGUCAACCCACCUAGGAGUCAGACUCAAUCUCACAGGCACGAACAUGACUUGAGUCGCAUGCCCUUAGGGGCAGGUAGAUGUUCGUCUCAUCUGUGGUCUUUUGGUUAAAAGACUCAGGGUCACAAAAUUAAAUUAAACGGUAUACCACAUUUACUUUUUACUACAUGGUAAUACGUUUAUUGUUUUAGAAACAUUACAAAGCAUGUUCAUCUUGUUUUGUGGUUGUCACUUUAGGAGGGAAAGUAUUUUGGCUAGUAAAAAAAUCUCUGUUUGGUGGACAAAAAAAGAAACACAAAAGCAUCAAUACAGGACUAAGAUUGAAUCCUACUACACCGGCUCUGACGCUCGUCGGAUGUGGCAGGGCUUGUAAACUAUUACUGACUACAAAGGGAAACCAAGCCGUGAGCCUACCAGAUGAGCUAAAUGCCUUUUUAUGCUUGCUUUGAGGCGAGCAACACUGAAGCAUGCAUGAGAGUACCAGCUGUUCUGGACGACUGUGAUCACGCUCUCCGUAGCUGACGUGAACAAGACCUUAUAAACAGGUCAACAUUCACAAAGCUGCAGGGCCAGACGGAUUACCGGGACGUGUACUCAAAACAUGCGCUGACCAACUGGUACAUGCGAUUGUACGGCAGGAAGUUCAGCAAGGAGGACCAUGUGCUGUUCAUCAAGCUGCUGUACGAGCUGAUCACCAUCGACAAGCUGGAGAUCAGUAUGAUGCAAGGCCUAGCCCGGCUACUCAUCAACCUCCUCAAGAAAAAAGAGCUGCUGUCGCGGGAGGAUCUUGAGUUGCCUUGGAGACCCCUGUACGAGCUGCAAGACAGGAUCCUCUACUCAAAGACUGAACACCUGGGACUAAACUGGUUCCCCAAUUCCCUACGGCCUCGUGCUUCCUCUAAACACGUAAUGAUAAAAUUGUUUCAGAGGUGCUCGGUGGAAAACGUUUUGAAAACACUUGUGAGAAGCUGCAGACCGUACUUCCCGGAGUCGGCCACCCAGGAGAUGUUGGAGGAGUGGCGUCCACUGCUCUGUCCAUUUGAUGUGACCAUGCAGAGAGCUAUAGGCUACUUUGAGCUCUUCCUCCCCACCACCCUAUCCCCAGACCUGCACCACAAGGGCUUUAAGUUAUGGUUUGAUGAACUCAUCAGCUUGUGGGUAGCAGUACAGAACCUUCCAGGUUGGGAGGUGCAUCUUGUCAACCUGUUUGCCCGGUUGGCCAACGACAACAUUGGCUACAUUGACUGGGACCCUUAUAUACCCAAGAUCUUCACCAGAAUCCUACGUAGUCUGAACCUCCCGGUGGGGACCAGUCAGAUGCUGGUUCCCAGAUACCUGACAAACGCCUACGACGUCGGGCAUGUGGUCCUCUGGGUCUCAGCUUUACUGGGAGGCCCCAGUAAGCAAGCCCAGGCACAGCUCAGUGGCCUUUUCAACAGCAUCACAUCUUUCUUCCACCCAUCCAACCAUGGACGCUGGCUGAUGAAGUUGAUGAAGCUGCUGCAGCGCCUCCCAGCAAGUGUGGUGCGGCGGCUCCACCGGGAGCGCUACCGGAAACCCACGUGGCUCACGCCGGUACCGGACAGCCACAAGAUGACAGAGGCGGACAUCACAGCGUUCGUGGAGAGUAUGAUGCAGCCGGUGCUGCUGGCCAUGUUCAGUAAGACGGGUAGUCUGGAUGCUGCUCAGGCCUUGCAGAACCUGGCCCUCAUGAGGCCCGAACUUGUCAUACCACCAGUGCUGGAGAAAACGUACCCUGCUAUGGAAACACUGACAGAGCCCCACCAACUGACUGCCACCCUGAGCUGUAUGAUCGGCGUGGCUCGCAGCCUGGUGUCUGGGGGCCAGCGCUUCCCCGAGGGCCCCACACACAUGCUACCCCUCCUCAUUCGGGCCCUUCCCGGGGUCGACCCCAACGACUUCAGCAAGUGCAUGAUAACAUUCCAAUUCAUUGCUACGUUUGCGACUCUUGUGCCUUUGGUGGACUGUUCGUCUGCUGUUCAUGAAAGGAGUGACCUGACAGAGGUGGAGAGAGAGAUGUGCUCAGCCUCUGCAGAGUUUGAGGACUUUGUUCUUCAGUUCAUGGACAGGUGUUUUGCCCUGAUAGACAGUAGUACUCUAGAGCAGACCAGAGAGGAGACAGAGACAGAGAAGAUGACCCAUCUGGAGAGCCUGGUGGAGCUGGGACUAUCUUCUACCUUCAGCACCAUCCUCACACAGUGCUCCAUAGACAUCUUCAAGGUGGCUCUGGAGAAGGUCUUCAACUUUGCCACUACCAACAUCUUUGAGACUCGUGUGGCUGGCAGGAUGGUGGCUGACAUGUGCAGAGCAGCCUCCAAGUGUCACCCGGCACAGUCUCUGAAGCUUUUUGUGCCCCAUUGCUGCAAUGCCAUAAACCAGAUCGCUGUCAAUGAAGAGGUGUUGAGUGAGGAGGAACUGGAUAAGGAGUUACUAUGGAACCUUCAGCUACUGUCAGAGGUGACUCGUGUGGACGGGGACAAGAUCCUCCCCUACAGCACCCAGCUGGUUCAGAUCCUGCAGCUGACCCUCCAUCUGAAGUGUAAACAGGGCUACACCCUGGCCUGUAACCUGCUGCAUCAUAUCCUGAGGUCAACAGCCCUCAUCUACCCCACAGAGUACUGCAGUGUACCUGGAGGCUUUCAGCAGCCCACAGAGGACUACCUGCCCAUCAAGGACUGGGGUCGUCCGGGGGACCUGUGGAACCUGAACAUCCAGUGGCACGUCCCCAGAGUGGAGGAGACCAGCUUUGUGUUCUACGUUCUAGACCUGAUCCUACAGCCAGAGCUGCUGCGACUACAGAGAUACGCCCAGGGAGAACGGGACAUGACCAGGGAUGACGUCCUACAGAGUUUGUCCAUUGUACAGCACUGCCUUCUGGGAGCAGGUAGCCUGUUGCCCCUGCUGCAAGGAGAGCCCAUCCCUGAACUGGUGACUAGUAUGGUGAAUCUGGGGGAGACUAACCUCUUCACAGGGAUGGCCGAUGAUGUGUCCAGAGAGAACUACAGAGAUGCUAUCUGCAGAGUGAUGAGGCAGCUGCUACAUCACAUUCUGGAGCACUCAGAGGACGACACCAAGUCUCUGUUCUCCAUCAUCAAGAUCAUCAGUGAUCUGCUGCACUUCAAAGGCUCCCACAAACAAGAGUUUGACUCUCGCUGGAAGAGCUUCAACCUGGUCAAGAAGUCCAUGGAGAACAGGCUUCACGGCAGGAAGCAGCACAUCCGAGCCCUGCUAAUCGACAGAGUCAUGCUACAGCACGAGCUGCGUAAGCUAACAGUGGAGGGGUGUGAGUACAGGAGUAUCCACCAGGAACUGAUGCGGGAUCUGCUGCGGCUCUCUACCAGCACCUACAGUCAGGUGCGUAGCCGGGCUCAGAGUGUGCUGUUCACAGCUCUGGGGACCUAUAACUUCUGCUGCAGGGACCUGAUCCCCCGUGUGCUGGAGUUCCUGGAGCCAGACCGCUCCGACGUCACACAGCAGCAAUUCAAAGGUGCCUUGUACUGUCUCUUGGGGAACCACAGUGGGGUGUGCCUGGCCAACCUGCACGACUGGGACUGCAUCACCCUGACCUGGCCUGCCAUCGUCCGCUCAGGACUCAGCUCAGCUAUGUCCCUGGAGAAGCCCUCCAUCGUCCGCCUGUUCGAUGACCUCGCUGACAAGGUCCACCGCCAAUACGAGACCAUUGGCAUCGACUUUGCUAUCCCGUCAGAAUGCCGUGUGGUGGCGGUGCAGCUCCAGACCUCCGGUGUUCCCCUGCCUCAGAACCCUGUCCCCUCAGACCAAGAAGAAGCAGAGGGCCUCAGGAAGCAGGAGGAGAAGAACCUCGACUCAGUUCAGAAAUAUGAGAGUCUGGUUGGUGAACUUCUGGACUGCCUCAACGACAGAAAUAUGCCCUGGAAGUUUGAGCACAAUGCCAUUGGAUUCAUGUCUCUGUUGCUGAGAGAUGACCACCCUCUCCCCUCCCCUGCUGUCCUGUUCUUUGUCAAGAGCCUCAACCACGACUCCCUCCUGGUCCGCAAGUUGGCGAUAUCAGCAGUGGCAGGGAUCAUGAAGCAACUCAAGAGGCCGCAUAAAAAAGUACCAGUCAGCCCCAAUGAGCUCUGUGGUCUAAAGGAGCCGGCUAGUAUGAUAGCAGGAGACAGGCCUGAUAACCAGUGGCUCCAGUAUAACAGUAGCAGUCUGCCUCGUACCCAGCAGGACUGGGAGGGCUGUACAUUCGUAGAGAAGACCCACUGGGGAUACUACAGCUGGCCACAGAAACUCAUGAUGUACUCUCCCUCUGAGGAGCAGCCCAAACAAGGACUGACCAGAGAGGAGAUGACAGAGCGAGAGCAGAUCAUCUACGACCACUUUUCAGACCCAGUGUUCAUCAACCAGCUGAUUGAAUUCCUUUCUCUGGAGGACCGGAAGGGCAAGGACAAGUUCAGCCCCCGCAGGUUCUGCCUUUUCAAGGGUCUGUUCCGUAACUUCAACGAUGCCUUCCUGCCUGUGCUGAAACCACACAUGGAGCGUCUGGUGGCCGACACACACGAGAGCAAACAGCGCUGUGUAGCAGAGAUCACUUCUGGACUGAUCAGAGGCAGCAAGCACUGGAGCUACGGCAAGGUUGAGAGUCUGUGGGAGCUGCUGUGUCCUCUGCUCCGUACAGCACUGAACAACAUCACUGUAGAGACCUACGCUGACUGGGGCACCUGCAUCGCCACCGCCUGUGAGAGCAGAGACCCCAGGAAGCUCCACUGGCUGUUUGAGAUGCUGAUGGAAUCUCCAGUCAACGGGGAGGGGGGAUCCUUCGUAGACGCCUGUCGUCUGUAUGUGCUGCAGGGAGGCCUGGCUCAGCAGGAGUGGAGGGUCCCUGAGCUGCUCCACAGACUGCUGCAGUACCUAGAGCCCAAACUCACACAGGUCUACAAGAACGUCCGCGAGCGCAUCGGCAGCGUCCUCACCUACAUCUUCAUGAUAGACGUCAACCUGCCGUACACCCAGCCCACAGCCUCGCCUCGCAUCAAGGAGUUCACAGAGCGGGUACUGCUGCGCCUCAAACCCCUGACGGAGAGGGACGAGGAGAUCCAGAACCACGUGGUAGAGGAGAACGAGGUGGGGGAGCAGGACGAGAGGACACAGGCCAUCAAACUACUGAAGACAGUACUCAAGUGGCUGAUGGCCAGUGCUGGACGCUCCUUCUCCACGGCCGUUCCAGAGCAGCUCCAGUUGCUGCCACUGCUGUUCAAGAUCGCCCCGGUGGAGAAUGAUGACAGUUAUGAUGAGCUGAAGAGGGACGCUAAGACCUGUCUGUCUCUGAUGUCCCAGGGACUGCUCUACACAGAGCAGAUACCACUGGUCCUACUGGCCCUGCAAGAGAUAGCGGGCAGCAGUUCGUGGCAUGCUCGCUACACGGUGCUGACGUACCUACAGAUCAUGGUCUUCUACAACCUGUUCACCUUUCUGAGCGACCAGGGAGCCGUCAACGACGUCAGAGCACUGGUCAUACGCCUGCUGGAGGACGAGCAGCUAGAGGUGAGGGAGAUGGCUGCCACCACGCUGAGCGGUUUCCUCCAGUGUAACUUCCUGUCCAUAGAGGGCCCCAUGCAGAGCCACUUCGAGGCCCUCUGCAAGACCUGCCUGCCCAAGAAGAGGAAGAGGGAGCUGGGCUCCGUGGUGGACACCAUCCCCUCCGGAGAUCUGGUGCGGCGUCAUGCUGGAGUGUUAGGUCUGAGUGCCUGUAUCCUGUCCAGCCCCUACGAUGUUCCCACCUGGAUGCCCCAACUACUGAUGAACCUCAGUGCCCACCUCAAUGACACACAGCCCAUUGAGAUGACGGUGAAGAAGACCCUCUCUAACUUUAGGCGGACUCAUCAUGACAACUGGCAGGAGCAUAAACAGCAGUUCACUGACGACCAGCUGCUGGUUCUGACCGACCUGCUGGUCUCUCCCUGCUAUUACGCCUAGAUACCUGGGCCCUGGUGCAACUUUCAGGAGUUUUUUAUGUUUUCUUAACGGAGGAACGUCACCCUCGAUGCCCUCUUUGAGCCACUUGACAAUUCCUCACUCUGGCAUUAGACUGGGAAGGCCUCAGACUGAACAAAAAGCGGUUUAGAGUAGGAUUUGUCUUUCAGAUCAUAUUGAAUACCAUUAAAUGGACAGGGCGGCCUGAUUCUCGAUCAGCACCACUACUCUGAGACACUGUGUGAAUACAGGCCCAGAACAGUACACACCAGCCUGCAUGAGGGUAGGACGAGCCCUCACAUCCAGGACCCUGCCAGACCAACGGACAACAUCUGAGUCGUAUUCAUUAGGCAUCAAACGGAAGACAAUAGAAUGAAAAACAGGGAGGAACUACCUGGGACUUGUCCAUUAAGAACCGCUUGUUUUUUGUGGGGG